AUGUCCUUGCUAGACUAUUGCGUGGUCGGAGGACAUCCAUAUGCUACCUGCUACAAACAUCUAUCUACAUGGGUGCCGGCUCUAGACAGAAAAACAACUAGCUCUUCUCUCUGUUGUUUAGCAAGUACUGUGAAUACUCAUAGAGCUGUCGACAGAAGGGACUUGAAACUUUAUCUAUCUAUCUAUCUAUCUAUCUAUCUAUCUAUCUAUCUAUCUAUCUAUCUAUCUGUGUUUGAGAAGAACAGUGGGAUUGGAGCAACGGUUCGCGCGCUCGCUCGAACGAGCGACAGUGACACGCUACCUCCACACGAUGACGAAGGAAAGCCGGAACCGCAGCCGGUGCCGUCACAGAUUUGCGAAAAGUGCCUAUAUUCUCUCUCUCUCUCUCUCUCUCUCUCUCAUUCUUCUUUAGUCAACCACAUCUAUUUCCGUAUUUCAUUCUUUGCCCUCUUCUUCUUCUUCUUCUUCAUCAUCACCAUUCGAGACAGCCCUUUUCUUUUCUUCUUACUGAUAUCUCCCUUUUUUUCUCUUUCUGCUCCGGUACAACUGCCAUUCAUCGGCUUGAUCAUUUGUAAUCUAUCUUUCUUUUUCUUCAUUCUUCUCUCCUUUCAAGCAUUAAUUUUUUUUUCAUUUGAUAUUUUACCUUUUUUUUCCUUUCAUUCAUCCCCGACGAAACCCCAUCUUGUUUUCUUUCUUUUUCGCCAUCUUGUUUCUGUUGCAUUUUGUCUUUCGUGA